AUGGCGCUUACAUCCCCGUGGAGGGGUAAGCUAUGGGUUGCAGUGAGCUUUGAGCUACUGUUCAGCGUUCCCCAGGAACUACAGAUCGUCAUUAUCGGGCGGACAGACUACGGCCACGACAUGAGAAAUCGCGCCAACAGCUCCCAAUUCACGCUCGAGGCCAUACGAGCCCACCCUGGACUUCAGCCACAAGUCUCAACAAUGCCUUCAAGUCAUUCUGCCCAGAGCGCCAAGGGCCCAGAGGCUACUGGCUCACAAGGCCGUGGCACGCACCAACGCUAG